GUUAGAAGUGCCCUAUACCAUUAAAGUUGAAUACGGGUCGAUACUGAGGUUCGAUAUAUAGUACAUGAAUCAUAUGUGAACAAUCUGGGUUAAAGUACCUGGUUGCAGAGCUAUGCUAACUUUAAAUCAGAGUGGAUAGCUUAAUGCUCUUAUGACGGAAUUAUAUUAUUUAUAUAUUAACAUCUAUUUGCAAUAGGGGCGAAGCUAAUGAAAUGCAAAUAAUGUGCAGUGUGUUUUUGGAGUACGACCAUGAUGUAAUGUGUUUCUUGGUGUAGGACUUGGCUGUUUAAUUUCUCAAUACUCGCUUAAUGCAUCACCGCAUCAAUACCAUAUUUAUUCAAACGAGUUAUCAUUUUUGAUGGAAGAUGUCGACAUUAUCGUGUAACGUGCAUUAUUGUACUGACUGGACAAGCUUUCCAUAAAGUGCAUUUUCAUUAUUUAAGCAUUACUUCGACGAAUGCUUCAAAUAGUCGUUAAAUAAAUCGCACCGUCCAUCAAACCGAACUUCAAGCCAGCAACCAAGAGGAGGCGAUCUAGAAAAUCUCAGAAGAUGGGUGGUGGAGGGACUAAGACCGCCCAGAACGGGCCCGACAACUCCUUACUCACGUUCCUCGCUAACGUCGGCAUCGUCGUGCUCGUCGUUCUGAACAUCUUAUCGCUGUUGUUGGGUGUGGGUAUCAUCAUCGUGGGGAAGUAUGUGGACUCGGAGAUCAGCAAGAACGAGAACGUCAUGGAGCUCCUCGAGCUCGUGGACUUUGGCGACUUCAACCUCCGCACGGUCGUCGAUGCGCUGAUCAUCAUCAUAUUUAUCGUCGGAGCGUUUGCCAUUGUUCUAUCACUCAUAGGCGGCAUUGGCGCGUUCUUCACACUACGUGUUCUCUUGUUUCUUUACAUAGGCAUCAUCAUCCUCGUCAUAAUCGUUGAAAUUGCCGUGGUCAGCUUGUGGGUCAAGCUUUUACGAGAGGUGGACUACGCCCUGGAGACCCUGUUCCUGGACCUACUGAAGGAGUACACGGGAUUCUCCGACAUCACCGUCUACACUGUGGGCUGGGACUUCAUCUUCAUACUCUUUGAUUGCUGUGGAGUGCACCCAAUAACAGCGUCCUCGAAUGAUUUUGAGACGCUUCCGUCAGCGUUUUGGACGAACGGUGACCGCGGAAGUGACGUCAUCCCGCAUGCGUGCUGCAAGGAUGUGGCCGUUGACAACUACCUUAACUACACAAACACAGACUGCACUGUGAACUUGCAAGGAUAUCAUACAUCAGGUUGCUAUGACGCAUUUGAUCGAACGUUCAACCAGCUAGGUUCGGCGGCUGUUUCCGUCGCAAGUCUGUUAGUUCUAGCAGAGCUUGGUGCAAUAUUCUUCAGUGUGAUUAUAAUAAUUGCGGUUUUCAAGAAGAAAAGAGCCGGUCUUGUUUGAAAGAAACCUAAAUGCAGACCUGCAGCUGUUUCCAGAUGUUCUAGUCUGGGCAUAACUUUCAGUUCUAUUAAGUAUUUACAUACAUAUCUCAGGUUUUUUUUUAUACUUUUAUAAUAUAAUAAAAGUGUUUGCGUGUG